UUAGCGUCCCAUAACAGCUACUUGCCACCGUCUCGAGGAGCAGCCCAGAACAGCUUCACCACCCCGAGAGACUCAAAUAGCGACAGGAACAUCGUCCCCGCUUUCUCAAACUUAAGCCCAGACGACGCCGCUGUUGAAGCGCUUCUUGUUCAGCACCUCAACUCGACUUUACGAAGACAAUUAGCAUGGACUCAGUGGAGCUUUUCAGCCAGCCGCCGUUGCUGCCGUACGAGAAGCAUAUCGUCGCGCAUGGCAUUCUCAUGACCAUCGGUUUCUUGUUCUUGCUACCUCUCGGUGCCAUCAUCGCGCGGUACCUGCGCACGUUUAGCCCGUUCUGGUUCAGGCUGCACUGGAUCAUACAGUGGGUCCUUGCUUUGCCUAUCAUUGUCGCCGGCCUCGCCUGUGGCAUCAGCGCCGUGAACCUCAUGGGGGGCCCGAGCCUGAACGACACGCACAAGAAGUGGGGCGUCGCCAUCUUUGUGCUCUAUAUCUUCCAGCUCUUGGUUGGGGCCCUCGUACACUUCGUCAAGGCCCGCUUCCUUCCCAUCCUAGGCCGCCCGAUCCACAAUUACUUCCACGCGGUGUUCGGCAUCUUCCUCAUCGGCAUCGCAUUCUACCAGGUUCGCACAGGCUUCCGUGUCGAAUGGCCGCUGUACACCGGCCGUGGCCCACUCAACAAUGCCGCCAACAUUGUCUGGAUCGUCUGGCUCGUGCUCGUCUGCACGGCAUACCUUGCUGGCAUGCUCUUCCUUCCCCGCCAGUACCGCCAGGAACGCGAGGCUCGUGACACCAAGUAUGGUGCCGAUAAGGCCUCGUACUAGACACGAGCAGUCAGUUCAACCUGUCCUAUCGGCGCUGCUUCAUGGAGAGCUAGGCAGAGUUUGCGCUUGCAUCAUUUUUUUGAUGGACACGCGUUGAUACCAGCGACGCCAGAGUCGUCAUAUACCACUCGUUUCCCUAUCGUGGACUUAGUAUAAUUCUAGGACAAUAAUUGAAAAGUACUCUUAGACGAAUAGGCUGACGACUUCUCCACGAUUCAUAUUACCAUUGUAUUUGUGCUUAUGUCAUAUAAAUUCAAUAUCUCAGCAGAGGAUCGUUAAG